AUGCCGAACAGCGCCGCUACCGCCACCUCCGCGGAGGAGUACCUGUCCUGCUGGCGCGGCCCGCUCGAGCAGCGCCUUCGCAAGGCGGUCGGCAAGGCGCUGGCCGAGCAGCCAAAGGACCCGUGCACUGCCGUCGCGCUCGAGCUCUUGCACGGGACCAGCCUCGAGGAGAGAGCGGCCGCUCUCUCCGCCGCGCAAGCAGAGCAGGAGGACGGUCCUCAGGACGACUUUGCAGGAGAUGCUCAAGUGGGCUGCACCGCCUCCAAGAACAACGAGACGGAGCUGCGCAAGCUCAGGGACGAGAUCCAGUCGCUCAAGGAGCACCACUCGCUCAAGCAGGACGAGAACCAGUCGCUCAAGGACGAGAUCCAGUCGCUCAAGGACCAGCUCAACAGCGUCAGCACGCCGAGCGCCGCCACUUUGCCCGAGGGGGACGUGAUUCUGCUCGAGGAGGCCAAGAGGGCCUCUGCUACCGCUGCAGCCUCGCUGCCCAAGCUCACCGCCGCCGACCACAAGGGCAUCCCGCUGCUGGCGGCCCUCGACGAGGCGCUCGUCGCCGCCCUCCACUCCGGCGCCAUCAAGCUGCUCCGCGCCGAGUUCCUGCGCGCCGACGGCUCCGAGGCGGUGCUGCCCGAGCUCCUCCGCCGGCAAGAGCUGGAGCGGUUGGAGGAGGAGCGACGCAUCCGCAUCUUCCUCACGCCGGAGGAGGCUGUUGCGGCGCUGCGCUCGCUGAGUCGCGAAGUCGCCGGGCUGACCUACGGCUGGGCCUCGCCGGACCACCCCGACGUGACCGGAGAGUAUCUGGCGAACGUGCGGCGCUUCCUGCGCCACCCGCUCGGCGAGCACGUGACCGCCCUCUUCUGGGACUUCUCUUCGCUCCCGCAAAAGCCAAGGACGGCGGCAGAGGACGAUUUCUUCUAUCAAGCCCUCAAGGUCAUGGGCGACGUCUACGCCUCUCUCUUCGGCACGAUCGUCAUCCGCCACCGCUCCGUGCCAGCCCGACCGGCGGAGCUGGACGGCGAGGUGGUCAUCCUCAUCGAGAAGGGCGGCGGGCUCGACGGCGCCGGCGCCGAGGCCGAGCUGCGCAGUGCUCUCGGGGCGUUUGAGAACCCGCGCUACGAGGAGGGCCGGUGGCGCGGCCUUGAAAGCUUGAAACGCAGCAUUGCCGAAUCAGCUGCUGCCGGGGUCACCUCCUCGGACGUUGCCAUCGAGGAGGCCGAAACAACGAGAGCGCGUCGGCUGCAAGAGGACGGCAGCACAACGCUCCGAGCGGAGGAGAUCAAGUCCAACCUCAAACCUGCCACAGCGACUGCUGAGGCCGCCAGCGAAGCGUUCGGCAUCGAUGUGGAGGUGAUGCACGCGCAACGGGCGAACCGGGAGCAGUCAAACUGGCGGGAGGAGAUGGCGACGACGCACGUCGCAGUGCCGUCCCUCCGGUCCGAGCGGGCAGCUGAAGGAGGUGGUCCGGACGCUCCGCCGGCCCUCUCCGUUCCCGAGCAGGAGGCAGGGGCUGAGCUCGCCACAGGAGACGAGCUGGAUGACGCUAUGGCCGACGUGGAGACAGACGUGGAGACGGUUGAGGCGGUCGAAGACUCUGCUGCAAAGACCCCUAAGUUCGGAGAGGCCGCGGUGGAGUCCGCGGUGGACGAGGCUGAGAUGAAGCCGCCGGCUCCUAAAUGA